CUUGUAUUUUCGUCACUCUUUUUUAUUAUUAUUAUUAUUAUUAUUCUUUACAUAUAAACAAAAUAAGCUUAGAUACCAACGUUUGUUAAAGAUGGUCACCGAGAAACUUACUUCAACUCAUUUUGCAGAUAACUUUUGGGAAAGUAUAGAUAGAAACGGUAUUACGAUAUUGAUUGAAAGAAUGAAAGGCGCUAAGCAAACAUGUGAAAGAUUUAGACAUGCAUAUGAAGCAAGAGCUUUGUUAGAAGAAGAAUACGGGAAAACAUUAUUACAAAUUAGUCAGAAACAAAAAUCAUCAAAUACAGAAAAUGGAGCAAGUAAAAUUGCAAUGGAUUCAAUGCAAACAGAGUUUUUAUCUGUAGCUGAAUCUCAUUUACAUUUAUCAACUCUUUUACGUGAAACGAUUGCUUUACCAUUAACCAAUUUACUAAAUAAACAAAAGAUAUUAAGGAAGCAGCUUCAAGCAUCUAUUCAAAAACUAUAUAAUAAUAGACAAAUUCAGGUCCAUUUUGUGCGUAGAGCUCAUAAGCGUCAUAAUCUGGAGAUUGAAAAGGCUAAUUUAUUAGUACAGCAACAAACAACAGAUGAAGAGAAACGUGCUGUUUUUGAAUCAGCUCAAAUAACGAUUGAUAAAUUAAAAACUGUUUAUGACGAAGCUGUAAAAGACCUUGAAAGAAUUGUUGAGGAUUGGAAUGUUGAAUGGAGAAAUACAUGUGAAAUCUUUGAGAAAUUGGAGCAGGAACGAUUGGAAUUUUUUAAAACAAACCUGUCAAAUUGCGCUAAUUUAAUAAUUGGAUCUCUUCAGAAUGAAAUUCAGGCAUGUGAGCGAGUGAAUGAACAAGCUAUAAAAAUUGAUGUAUAUGAAGAUUUGAAAGAAUUUGUUGUACUCAAUAAAUCCAGUCAAAGGGCUCCAACACCUAUGGAAUAUAUAAAACUUCAUGCAUAUCAGGAAGCAAAUCAAGAUAUUGAAGGCUCUAAAAUGAAUCGUAAUGUGAUUGAUAAUGAAGAACAGAGUGAAUCUGAAGAUCGAGCUCAAGUUCGAAUUCGAAGAAAACGAUUAUCUAUAUCUAGUACUGUAUCUGAAGAAAGUAUAAGUAUGACUAGCAAAAACAACAUAUUGAAAUCAGCUGCAGAAGCUGCCGCCGCUGCGGAGGCUGCAUUAUUAGAAAAACAAAAGGCUGAAAAAGAAACAUCAACUGAACCAGUUUUGAUGAGAGGUAUAAUGGAAGUAUAUCCGUCAGAUGAAGAAGAGGAUGAUGAUGAUGAAUAUGAAUAUGUAACAGAAACAGAGAUAGAAUCUGAAGGUGAAGGUGAAGCUGAGGAACAUGAAGAAAGGAUGGAAGCAGCGAGUGUUCAAGAUAAGAAACAACUUGAGAAUAAAACAUCAUCAAAGGAUUAUAAUAAUCAAGAAUUAAAUGAGGAUCCUUCAUCAGUUGACGACAAUAAUAAGAACAAAGAGAAUCUUGAUCUAAAGGAAGGAGAUACACUUGAACAACAAGAUCAAUCUAAUACCAUUUUAGUAAAGAAAGAAGACGUAAAGGAAACAGAUAAUCAAUAUAAAGCUGACAUGGAUACACAGUCUAAAAAUGAAACUAUAAAUGAACCUUUAUUCAUCUAUCAAAAAGACAUAAAGGAAGAAGAACAACAAAGUACACUUCCUUCUUCACUUACUAAUCAAGAUGAUCUUGUUUCAAAGAGAAGGGUUUCUUUUGUAGAAAAUCCAAAUUCGCCUGCCCCUAUUCAAUCAGCAGAGACCUUCGUGAGUUCGCCUCAUUCAUUGUCUAAGAAUCAUGUUACUAAAGUGAUAGAUCCUAUCACGACUCAGAAUCAAUUCAAGUCUGAUAAGCAUUCUGAAAAUGAUCAACAAGAAUCACUUGUAGACGAAGAGGAAACAUUUGAUUAUGACAAUUCAACUCGUGCUGCAGUAUUUGAAUUAGAUGAUAUGCUACGUGAAUUAGAUUCAAAGCGAAUUGAUCGUGAUUAUGAAGAUAGUACAAGAUACCAUCAUUCAUCUCAAAUUAAACCUACUGCCUCCCUAUCAUCGCCUAGUUAUUUACAAAGACAGAAUCAAAGAAGAAGUUAUAUUCCCUCUCAAUACUUGAAUAAGCAAUACCCUACUUCUCGUCGUAUGAGUACUGUUGAAUCAGCAAAACCGCAAUACGUAUAUAACAAUAAUGCAACUUCUAUUCGAAGCAGCGCAGAUUUGUAUGAUCCUUUUAAUUCUCUUUCAACUAAGGAAACUGGAAGUACGCUUUCAAGUAGAGAUAGCAGUAGUACUGGAAGCAGUAUAAAGCCUCAGCAAACUACAACCCCUACUGCACAAAUGAUUCAUGACCGUAUGCUUACUCAUCAUGAGGAUACCAAACAACAUCAAAUGAAUCAUGGCUCAGUAUCAUCUUCUUCAAGUGAUUCCCUUCGUAGUAUUGAUCAACAAUCUCCAUUCUAUCGUAAUAAUAAAUUUGUUCAAGACUUUUAUAGUAUCAAUUCAAAGACAUCAAGUCCAAGUAGUAGUAUAUUAAGUAAUAAAGAUGGACAUUUUAUUGAUUUUGCUGUUGCAUUAUAUGACUAUGAAGCAUCCGAUGAAGGAGAAAUUGGUUUUAAGGAAGGAGACUUACUCGGUAUUAUUUCAAAGAGUGAAAAUGAUGAACAAGGAUGGUGGGAAGCAAGUCUAUUAAACAGUAGAAAUCAAAAGAUAGUUCGAACAGGUCUUGUGCCUAGUAACUUUCUAGAAACUGCGUCAAAAUAAAAAAAAAUAAAAAUAAAAAAAAUAAAAUAAAUAUUUUAUUUAUUAUAUACCAAAUAUC